GAAAUGCGAACUAAGCCACGAUAAGCGGUCUCUCGGUGCGCACUUUCGGUGCUUUCUCUACAGCAGGGGGCGUCCCUCGUAUGCGGGCUGGAAAAGUAGUUAGUGGUGCAUCUAUUAGCCUUUUUGGGGUCCAUGAAAUCAGAUGUUGUAGUAGCUGAAUACCUGUUACCUUUUGGACGAUUUUUCUAAGAUCCAAGCAUGGACUCCAUGCAGGAAGGGCUAGAGUUAUGCAAGCGUUUUUUAUUCCUGAGAACAGUCGGUUCGUUCGGGAUCCGUCGACCUGUGCGCGAUAUCACGGUGAACAUGUCCCUAGUGGACGCGAUCCAGUCGCUGCUCGACAGUGAGGCGGAGCACGGCAUCAUCAGCGUGGGUCGCCUGCCUGACGACUUCACCCGCGCGCUGCCAGCCAACGAAGCGUAUGCAGCGGGCGCGCUGAGAAUGGCAGAUCUAGUGGCCUGGGCCGUCGUGGAGCUGGAUCUGCUGUAUGCAUCGGUGCAAGCACACCACGGCCUGCCAGUCGACAGCAGAGAAACCAAGGUGGCAAUUGACAAGGCGAGCAAGAAGCCCGUCCGCGACUCCUGGAAGUCAGCUGUGGCGUCGAUUUCCGGUGGCCCCUCCCCGUGCAAAGCUGCAAGCGGGACCUCGGCGUGUGAAGAGUGCCCUUCCGCCAAAGACUCCAGGGGCAGUGGACGGGCAGCAGAUCAGGAGAGGCAGAAACAGUCGUUACCAGGGAAGCUCAUUGUGGGAACUUUGCUGUGGCAGCUGCAGGAGCUGCAACACUACGUGCGAGUGCCUCUGAGUGCGAUGGCGCAUUCCACCAAGUGCCUGCCUGUGUUCCCACUCACGGAGGCGGACAACAUCCUCCACGUGCUGCAGAUACUGGCCCACGUGGACGGCUCCGUUGUGCUGCUGCCGCCCAACAAAGGCCACUCAAACUCCAUCAUCACACAAGAGGACAUGUUUCACCAGGUGGCGCUGAUAGCGCAGCACGACCCCUGGGCCUCGUACCUGGAGCAGGUCACAGUCGCCAUGUGCAGUGCGGCGGUGGUGCAGCCAGUGAGGGUACGCGCAGCGUGCUCGUUGCCAGAGGCAGUGCGGGCGAUGUGGGUGUGCAACGUGGGGGAGGCGGUCGUGCAGGCGGGGGAGGGGGAGGGGUCGCCGUGCGCGUAUGACGUCAUGCGCCUGCGCGACCUCGAGUUGCUGCUGGACCUCAACUGCAGCCCCGCCGGAAUCAGGAGGGUGGCUGGUGCGUGGCAGGGACCUAUCGGUGGCCGAAUUUAUGCACGUCGUUCGAUCUAAAGGCGACGGGGGCGCGGUGCCACAGCAUUUGACGUGCGGCGUGGCGAACACAAUGCGCGAAGUGAUAGUUGCCAUGGCGGACUCGGGAGGAACAGCCAUUGUCGAAGCGGGAGGGGAGGUGGUGGGGCUGGUGUCAGCAGCGUCUGUUGUGAAAUGGCUUUGGCAGGAGAUGCUUCCCCCCGCCCUAGACACCUCCUUCUACCCUCCGUGAAAAGAGAUAGGGCGAGUGACUCCAUCUACGAUUGUACAUAGUCUGCAGGCUCAAUCAAUACAAUCCCCUCACAUACAUAUAGAAAUUGGGGUUUCAGCUUGGUACUUGGUCUUCAAUCCACUUUCAUGUAUGAGCGUAA